GCAAACAAUGGCUACUACCAUCCAUUUCUUCCUCCUCUCACUACCUCUCUUCUCGAUCUUGUCUUUAUCAGUUGCAUUGAAGCCCCCUAAACCCCACUCCUUCAUCCUUCCCAUAGAGAAAGAUCCAGCAACCCUUCAGUACUCUACUUCCAUAGAAAUGGGUACCCCUCCGGUGAGCUUAGAUCUAGUCAUUGACAUCAGAGAACGUUUCCUCUGGUUUGAUUGUGGCAAUGACUAUAAUUCCUCAACCUACCACGCUGUCCACUGUGGUACAAAGCAAUGCAAGGUAGCCAAAGGCACAGAUUGCAUUAACUGUACCAACCACCCCCUCAAAACAGGAUGCACAAACAACACAUGCGGUGUUGAACCAUUCAACCCUUUUGCUGAAUUCUUUGUAAGCGGGGACGUGGGUGAAGAUAUAUUAUCCUCUGUGCGUUCAUCAAAUGGAGCAAGAGCACCUUCUAAUAUACACGUGCCACGCUUCCUUUCUUCCUGUGUAUACCCAGAUAAAUUUGGGGUUCAGGGCUUUCUAGAAGGCUUGGCCAAGGGCAAGAAAGGGGUAUUAGGCCUUGCAAGGACUGCGAUUUCAUUACCAACACAACUCGCAAUGAAAUAUAAGCUUGAUCGUAAGUUUGCACUUUGUUUACCUUCAACUUCUAAAGUGAAUAGACUCGGUGACCUCUUUGUUGGUGGAGGACCUUAUUAUUUGCCCCCUCAUGAUGCUUCCAAAUUUCUUUCCUACACUCCAUUAGUUGUAAACCCACGUAGCACAGGCCCAAUCUUUGACAAUGAUCCUUCUACUGAGUACUUUAUUGAUGUCAAGUCAAUCAAGGUUGACGGCAAAAAUGUCAACUUUAAAACCACCUUGUUGUCUAUUAACAAACAGGGAAAUGGUGGUACCAAGCUUAGUACUGUGAUUCCUUACACAAAGUUACACACUUUGAUAUACCGAGCACUUGUGAAUGAUUUCGUUAAGAAAGCAGCGGUUAGAAAAAUAAAGAGAGUGCCUUCAGUGGCACCAUUUGGGGCGUGCUUCGAUUCAAGAACCAUUGGCAAGACCUUUUCUGGACCGGAUGUGCCAACAAUUGAUUUGGUCCUGAAGGGGGGAGUUCAGUGGAGAAUCUAUGGCGCCAAUUCAAUGGUUCAGGUUUCUAGGAAUGCGUUAUGCCUUGGAUUUGUGGAUAGAGGUUUGGAGCCAGGAAGUCCCAUAGCAACUUCAAUUGUUAUUGGUGGGUAUCAGUUGGAGGACAAUCUUUUGGAGUUCGAUCUAGUUUCCUCAAAACUUGGUUUUAGCUCCUCUCUUCUACUCCACAACGCUAGUUGCUCCCACUUCAGAGUCUUCUAA